AUGACAGGUCCUUGCCGUUCGCUGUCGAGCUCUGAGAGGAAAGGCAAAGGGAAAGAGAAGCACUUCGACCCGGUCAUCUUCUCCGGCAUUCAGCCGACGGGUACACCACAUCUCGGCAACUUUCUCGGUUUCUUCCUGCCAUAUCUCGACCUCCAACGGUCCUCCCCUCCCUCUGUGCCGCUCUACCUCUCUAUCGUCGGCCUACACGCCAUCACGCUCCCUCAGGAUCCUGUUCAGCUGCGACAGGAUAGGCGAAAUAUGCUCGCAUCAUUGUUAGCUUGCGGGGUCGAUCCAGAGCGGACUUGUCUGUACUUCCAGGAAGACAUUCCCGAACAUGCUGAGCUCGCGUGGUAUCUCAAUACUCUUGCUCCCGUCGGACUUUUACGGCGUAUGACGACCUGGAAGGCUCGACUAGCCGUAUCGAAGAAUGCCAACUCGGAAGACGAGGUGUCCGAGGCGGAUCUGCGGCUGGGUUUGCUAGCGUAUCCAGUCCUACAAGCUGCCGAUGUUCUCUUGUACAAAUCCACCAUAGUCCCAGUCGGGGAAGACCAAUCGCAGCACUUAGAACUCUCCCGUACCCUCGCCGAGACCUUCAACCGGACCUUCUCACCCAUCUUUCCCCUCCCGCAGACCCGGAUCGUCCCCUCCAAACGGAUCCUCUCGCUCCGAGACCCCUACCAGAAGAUGUCGAAAUCUUCCCCGGAUGCCAAGUCGCGUAUAGGCCUCACGGACACGCCGGGGCAGAUAUCGAAAAAGAUCAGAUCGGCAGUGACGGACUCGGACCCGACAAUCACGUAUGAUCCGGUGGGGAGGCCAGGACUGGCGAAUCUGCUGUUGAUUUGGUCGGCUCUGGAUAAGGCGGGAAGGUCGCCCGAGGUCUUGGCGGACAUGGCGAGGGAGGAAGGGUGGGGGUCGGCGAGGCUCAAGGAGGAGAUCGAGGGGGUGGUGAUCGAGCGGAUAGAGCCUGUGAGGAAGGAGUAUGAGCGGAUACAGGGGGAUGUGGGGUAUCUACAAGAGGUGGCAAAGAAGGGGCGAGAUAGGACAAGGGGGGUCGCUAGGAAGACGAUGGACGAAGUCCGGGAUGUGGUGGGGCUUUCGCCGAUCUGA